AAAAACCUGUAAUUCCUUAUUUUGAAGAUAGACUUCAACAACAUACCAAUUUUAUUGAAUUAAAUAUAAGGGCUACACAUUUUGGUUUUCCAAUGGAUGAACUUAUUAUUCAAAAUGGUUUUCAACUAUCUGAAUUCUAUUUAAUAUAUCAAAAUGCUUUCGCUAAAGUGUAUUUGAAAUUUGAGGAGUUAGCCAAAGAAAUUUACGAUACUAUAAAAUUAUUUUUGAAUUAA